GGAGGUAAGGCUGGGGGUGGGGCCCUCAGGGCAGGCUCAGUGGGGACUAGGAGAAGGGCGGGCCCAUUGUUGGGGGAACACGCUUCCUGAGGAGGGGACAACAGUUAGAGCCGGACCAGUACCAGGAGGAAGCUGUGCAUGGGGAGGCUGUGGAAACCGCGAGCGACAACAGAUAUGAAUCAAAACAGCGAAGGAUGUAUGAAAAAGAUUAGCAGUGUGAAUCUUGACAAACUUAUAAAUGACUUUUCACAGAUAGAAAAGAAAAUGAUAGAAUCCAGUGGGAAGAACAAUAUCCUGGAUAUGCAGUUGGAAAAAGCUAACUGUUUAUUAAGAGUAAUGCAAACAAAAGAGGUCGCAAUGAAACAAGAAUGUGCUACUCUUCAUGAUAUGAUAAAAGGGCUACAGCAUACCAUUGAAUAUCAACAUAAUUUGAAGGGUGAAAAUGAACAACUAAAAAGAAAUGCUGAUCUUAUGAAAGAAAAGUUUAAAAUGCAUGAACAGGAACAUAGGAAUAAUAUUGCCAAACUUAUGAGUGAAAUGAAAAUCAAAGAGGAGGGACAUAAGAUUGAAAUAACAAAACUUUAUCAAGAUAUGCAGAAAAAACUCAUAUCAAGUGAAGAAAAGAAUAAAGAACUGAUAGAAAAAAAGGAGUUGGAAAUUUCCGAGUUAAAUGCAAAGUUAAGAACUCAAGAAAGGGAAAAACAAAAUGAAAUGAUCAAACUACAGCUAGAGUUUGAUGCCAAGCUAGCAAGAGUUCAAACUAAAACAAAAUCAUAUCCAGAUUCUACUGUUUCACCACACAGUAUCUACAAAAGGAAACUUCAACAUCUUCAGCAAGAAAAAGACAAGGAGAUUGCAGUUCUUCGUAAUACCAUUCGUGAUUUAGAACAACGCCUCUCUGUCAGCAAAGAUUCUCAAGUUAAACUUGUUGGCAAAGAUCCUCACUUUAAGCGUAGGCGGUUUUGAGUAGAUUCAUCAGUUGCUAUUUUAUUUCUUUAAAAGCAGUUCAAAAUUUAUUUUAAUUGUCAAUAUAACGUACUACCUAAGUAAUAACAACAAUGAAAACAAAAAGCUUUAAACUUUUUUAUUGAAUUUAAACAUCCACAUUUUUGCCAGUCCUGUUGUACAUUUCUGCUUAAUAGUAUUAACCAUAAAAAAAAAUUCAGGUUUAUAGGACCUGGUUUGCCUAUUGAACCAUCACUGACUAUGGAAAUACUUUCUAAGCAAUCAACAGUUAGACAACAUUCUUUUAUCUUUUUCCCAUCUAUCUUUCAAGAUUGGCAA